AUGGGCCAGAUACAUACUAGAACAGUUCCAUCGUAUGGUAGCUGCGAGCCGGACGAUAGGUUGGACGAUAUAGCAGAGGCAGACCGGCUGUUACAAGCUACAGACGAGGCAGAUGGGACGGACGAACACCUACAUAUCAGCCCCUACCCAUCUUCGUCGGAUAGCGAAGUCCAGGAAGGUGUUCGCAAGAUUGAGGCAAUCAGCCGGACAUGGACACAGAAGUCCUUAUUAAUAGCAUACCUUGGCAAGCACUCUCUCAUCUCAACUGUCCUGGUUAUUCAGAAUGUGGUCAAUGCUGUUAUAAAGCCACCCAUGGCUAAAUUUGCCGAUGUGUUUGGCCGCUUUGAAGCAUUCUGUAUUGCUGUCUUCAUCUAUGUGCUUGGAUACAUACAGAUGGCAGCUUCUCAGAACGUUGAGACCUAUGCUUCUGCGCAGAUUUUCUAUUCUGCUGGAUCUACUGGGUUACAGAUACUCCAGCAAGUGUUCAUUGCUGAUAGUAGUAAUCUGCUGAAUCGAGCUCUAUUCGCUAUUCUUCCAGAAAUACCCUUCCUGAUCACUGUUUGGGUCGGGCCAAUGAUCGCAUCCUGGGUGUUGAAGCACCUCUCAUGGAGAUGGGGAUACGGCAUGUGGGUGGUACUCUUGCCAUUGGCGUUUCUUCCAUUGGCCCUAUCGCUAUGUUUAAACCAGAGAAAGGCGCAGAAAUUGAAUUUGCUGAAACCCAAGCCAUGGAAGGGCAAAGGCUUGAAAAGUGUGCUCCGUAGCGCAUGGUUCGAGUUGGAUAUAUUUGGUUUGAUUUUACUCUCAGCUGCGGUGACACUGAUUCUUGUUCCUCUGACCCUGGCUGCCCAUGCGAAGGAUACUUGGCGAAAUGGGGCCAUCGUUGCAAUGAUUGUUGUUGGAGCUGUCUGUUUGGUAGCAUACCCAUUCUGGGAGACUUCUAAGAGGCUUGCACCGCAUCCUUUGCUAUCACUAGGUCUCCUUCGCCAACGAACGGCACUUGCUGGAUGUGCCCUGGCUUUCUUCUACUUCAUGGCCUUCUACUUUUCCGUUCAACCCUAUUUUUACUCGUACCUGCAAGUGGUCCAGGGAAAACCUGUUGUUACUGCCGGAAGAAUCACCCAGACCUUUUCUUUUAUGUCUACGAUCGCCGCUCUCGUCGUCUCCUUUAUGAUCAAAUAUUCGAAACGAUACCGUCCAUUUAUCACCUUUGGCUGUGUUGUUUAUAUCCUAGGGCUGGUCUUAAUGCUCGCCACCCACAAAUCAGGCAAAUCCACGUUGCAAAUUCUUGUCGUUCAAUCCCUCAUUGGCGUGGGAGGCGGACUCGUCAAUGUCCCUGUCCAACUUGGCGUUCAAGCCUCGGCUAAUCACCAACAGGUAGCUGCCGCUACUGCUAUGUUUCUGACUGCCCUUGAGAUGGGCGGAGCUGUGGGAUCAGCUGUAUCCGGUGCGAUCUGGACUACUUAUUUACCAAGCAAGCUAGUAAAAUAUCUACCCGAUGAAACCAAAGGGGAAGCCACUGAAAUCUUUGGCAAGUUGACCAAGGCCUUAUCAUACCCAAUGGGCUCACCAACAAGAGACGCUAUUAUUCGCUCCUACGAAGAGACCAUGCAGACUCUCUUAACAAUUGCUAUUUGUGUUUGCAUACCCUUGAUCCCGUUAAGCUUGCUCAUGAAGAAUUAUGAGCUUGAUAAGGUAGAUCAAAGGGUGAAAGGUAAAAUGAUAGGGAACAUCAGCGAAGAUGGCGAAGAUGUAUCUCCAGUUACACCACAGUUCAGUACAUUCCCUCCUACCAAUGCUAGUCCGGCAAAACGCGGGUCACAACGCAAUCUCAGGUCUUGA